AUGGCAGCCUGCAUUGCGGCGCUUUGCUACCACGGCUACCAACAGCGCAAAGCCCGCGGUGACCCGAAUCUGCCGACGCUCUCUCAGUACCACCUCAGCAUCGGCAGCUUCUUGGGCACGUUAGCGUCUGGUCGCACUGCUCGCCGCGCGGCGUUACGCUCCACGUCCUUCUCCACGGUCGCCGCCCGCGGCCGGUCACAGCAGCCGCGACCCGCCGACGCCGCCGAGCCUCUGCAGCCGGCCGACGACCCCAACUUUACGUCCAUCCUCGACAACCCGCCCGAGCUCGUGCGGUCGGGCGGCCGGCGGCACGGCCCCGGUCUCAUUGUCCUGGCCCUGAUUCCCAUUACGGCCUUUGCCCUCGGCACCUGGCAGGUCUUCCGUCUGCGAUGGAAGACGGACCUGCUGGCCAAGUGCGAGGACCGCCUCGUGCGCGCACCCUUGCCGCUCAACCCGCACAACGUGGCCGAUGCCGUGGCGCACAGCCGCGGCGGGUCGGCGGAGAGCGUCCAGGGCGGUGGCGGCGGCGGCGGCGGCGGCGCCAGCGAUUUUGAUUAUCGCCGCGUCGUGGCGGUGGGCACGUUCCGGCACGACCAGGAGAUGCUCGUGGGCCCGCGCGUGCGCGAGGGUGUGGCAGGCUACUUUGUGGUGACGCCGCUGGAGAUUGUGGACGCAAGGAACCCAGGGGCUGCGACGGAGACCAAGACGACGAUCCUCGUCAACCGCGGCUGGAUCUCGCGCGAGCAGCGGAGCCAGCGGGCCCGGGCGCGUGUGGGCGUGGGUGCUCUGCCACGUGGGCUGGUCCGCGUGGAGGGCAUGCUGCGGGCGCCGUGGAAACGCAACUUCUUCACACCUGAGAACCGGCCGGACAAGGGCGAGUUCUACUUCCCGGACGUGGAGGGCAUGGCCAAGCUGACAAGCAGUCUGCCGGUGUGGGUGGAGGCAACAAUGGAACCGGAUCUGCUUCAGGUGUACGACAUGGAGGCCAAGGGCGUUCCCAUUGGCAAGCCGGCCGAGGUCAACCUCCGCAACAACCAUGCCCAGUACAUUUUCACGUGGUACAGCUUGUCUCUGGCAACCGCUAUUAUGUUGUGGAUGGUUGCCAAGAAGCCGGCCUCGGACAUCAAAAAACGGGUCCGACUGAACAAGAGCUGGUAG